CAUGACCGGUGGUCACACACAGCAGAGCUGAACCGGAGUGCCGGUGAAACGGAUCCGUUCACGACACUGUAAAGAUUAAAGAGUGCGAGAAGAUCACAGAUCCGAUAUGCAGAUGAAAACUGUCAUUUUAGUUCUGGCGCUCUCCACGGCUGCCUUUGCUUUGGACAAUGGUGUGAUGAGGACCCCACCCAUGGGCUGGUUGGCAUGGGAGCGUUUCCGCUGUGACAUUGACUGUCAAAACGACCCCAAAAACUGCAUCAGUGAGGCGCUGUUCAUGGAUAUGGCCGAUCGGUUGUCCGAGGACGGCUGGAGAGAUUUGGGUUACGAGUACAUCAACAUCGACGACUGCUGGUCUUCAAUGCAGAGAGACGCACAGGGGCGACUGCAGGCCGACCCUAAGAGGUUUCCAGGUGGCAUCGCUAAGUUGGCACGUUACAUUCAUGACCGUGGGUUAAAACUGGGCAUCUAUGGAGAUAUGGGCACACACACGUGUGGCGGUUACCCGGGCACCACCCUGGAUAAAAUCGAGACUGAUGCACAGACGUUUGCUGACUGGGGCGUCGACAUGUUAAAACUGGACGGCUGUUACUCAAACGCCACCUAUCAGGAGCAGGGCUAUCCAAUGAUGUCAAAGGCCCUCAAUGCUACAGGCCGUCCCAUUGGCUACUCCUGCAGUUGGCCCGCCUACCAGGGUGGUCUCCCACCCAAAGUGAACUACACACAGUUGGGUGAGAUCUGUAAUCUGUGGCGUAACUAUGGUGACAUCCAGGAUUCAUGGGACAGUGUUUUGUCUAUCGUGGACUGGUUCUUUGACAAUCAGGAUGCUCUUCAGCCGGUGGCUGGACCGGGCCGAUGGAACGACCCCGACAUGUUGAUCAUUGGAGAUUUCGGCCUCAGUAUGGACCAAUCACGUUCUCAGAUGGCGCUGUGGGGAAUCUUGGCCGCGCCUCUUUUCAUGUCCAACGAUCUGCGCAUGAUCAGCAGCGGCGCUCGCACAAUCCUUCAGAAUAAAGUGGCUAUUGGAAUCAAUCAGGACCCACUGGGCAUCCAGGGCAAACGCCUGCUGAAGGAGAAGAGCGGGAUAGAAGUGUUCUGGCGGCCGUUAUCGAAAGGUGCGAGCGCUCUGGUUUUCUUCAGCAGGCGGUCUGAUAUGCCGUAUCGCUACAUGACGUCACUGAAGACGCUUAACUACUCAGCUGGAGCCUAUGAUGUAUUUGAUGUGUUUUUGGAGAGGCCCAUGUCGACACUGAAGGACAGCACGGAGUUUGUCGUGUCAAUCAACCCAUCUGGUGUGGUCAUGUGGUACAUCUAUCCAGCGGCUGAGUGGCAGAAAGAGGCGGAGUCUGUUCAGUUCCGUGAGAAACUUGGGCGAAAGUUCCAUAGAUAUGCUAAUGAGGUUGACGCCCCUCUGGUGCUCUGACCCGCUCUGAUUGGCUCGUGAAGGUACCGCCCUUCAGGCAUGCUUUCUGAACUCAGGGACAUAAACCUUUUAAUCAACUUCCUGGUUUUAAUUGAAUGUCUCUUAUACAUGUUUUCUAUUGUAUAAAGUUUAAUUAGAACAGCUGAUUUUUGAAUUAUUUUUUUUACCUUGUUGAACUUGUUUGCACUGACCGCUCCAAAAUGUGCAAAAACAAUAUUUAGUAAUUUCGUGCAAGUAAUUUUAAUGUCAUUGAGCACUUCAGGAUGUUAAAAUCAUGACACUUUCAGUGAUCUGUACUACUGUUUUUAACCCAAAUAAACACAUGAAGCCUUAAAGUGUAGCACAUCUUUGUUUAC